CGCGGGGCCGGGCCCGGGACGGCGGCGGCGGCGGCGGCGGCGGCGGCAGCGCCGGGGCGGGCUGUGCGGGGAGCGGGAGCGCUGCGGGAAGGGGUGCGGGGUCGCGCGUCCCGCCCCACCGCCCCGCGCUCUGGGCAGCGGGGACAGGCGCUCGGGCCGCACCGCCCCCGCAUCGCUGCCGCAUUGCGGGCCCCGCGCCGCGGUCGCUGCCGCCCCGCUCGGCAGCUCCUUCUUCCUCCGUCCGUGGUCCCCGCGGGGCUGCGUGCGGGGAAACCCGCCCGCUGCCAUGAGCUUCUUCGGGUUCGGGCAGACCGUGGACUUGGAGCUGGUGCUGAGCGACCAGGAGAGCCGGCGGCGGGUGGAGCACAAGACGGAGGAAGGCAAGAAGGAGAAGUACUUCCUCUUUUACGACGGGGAGACCGUCUCCGGGAGGGUGGUCCUCAGCCUCAAGUACCCCAGCAAGCGGCUGGAGCACCAGGGCAUCAAAGUGGAGUUCAUCGGGCAGAUCGAACUCUACUAUGACCGAGGAAACCACCAUGAGUUCGUGUCUCUGGUGAAAGAUCUGGCUCGUCCUGGUGAAUUCACUCAACCACAGACAUUUGACUUUGAAUUCACACAUGUGGAGAAACCUUACGAGUCCUACACGGGGCAGAAUGUGAAGUUAAGGUAUUUCCUCCGAGCGACCGUGAGCCGCAGACUGAACGAUGUGGUGAAGGAGAUGGACAUUGUUGUGCACACCCUGAGCACCUACCCAGAGCUCAACUCCUCCAUUAAGAUGGAGGUGGGCAUUGAGGAUUGCCUGCACAUUGAGUUUGAGUAUAACAAGUCCAAGUAUCAUUUAAAAGAUGUGAUUGUGGGAAAGAUCUAUUUCCUGCUGGUGCGAAUCAAGAUCAAGCACAUGGAGAUAGACAUCAUCAAGAGAGAAACAACGGGGACUGGACCCAACGUCUAUCAUGAGAACGACACAAUCGCGAAAUACGAGAUCAUGGAUGGGGCACCUGUGAGAGGAGAGUCCAUUCCUAUCAGACUCUUUCUGGCUGGCUACGAGCUGACUCCAACCAUGAGGGACAUCAACAAGAAGUUCUCGGUGCGUUAUUACCUCAACCUGGUGCUGAUCGAUGAGGAAGAGAGACGCUACUUCAAACAGCAGGAGGUGGUGCUUUGGCGGAAAGGAGACAUAGUGAGGAAGAGCAUGUCCCACCAAGCAGCCAUCGCCUCGCAGCGGUUUGAGGGGACAUCCUCCCACACCGAGGCCAAGACCCCCAGCCAGCCCGCAGAGAACAACGGCCGGCAGUGAGAGAGGGGCCAAGCUGCUGUGGAGCCCCUGGGGACAGCAGCCAGGAGGAAGAAAAAAAAAAACAAAACACUUCAGAGACUUCAGGAAAAUAAAUAACCCGUUUUUUUGAACUUAAUUCCUUUCUUCAAAGGACUCGCCAGGGUGGGAAGGGGAUGGGAGGGCAAGGCAAGCUGGAGCUCCGGUGGUGCGGAGUUGAAGGUACCUCAGUGCUUCCCAACCAGCUGCAUCCCUCUGGGGUGGGCUGCUUGGGGGCAUCUUGCUGCCCAGGGGCUGCGGAGCUGCCUGAUCUCCUCUCUGCCCCGAGACCCCUCUGGGGUGGCCGUGGGGAGGGAGAGAGCAAGUGAAGGCCAAAUCCGCCACUCCUUCCCACUGGUGGGGAGGUUGCUCUGGGGCCGUGUAGGGUGGAUGUUUUUCUUGCCUUUCUGAAAUCUUUUCACCAGGGGAAGUGACACAGUGAUCAGCUGGAGGGAGUCAGAGGCUGAGGUGCAGCCUGGAGAGUGGCUCGUGUCGUCCCCUCGCUGCCUCCUCUUUGUGCUGGUGCUGGGUUCUGUGGCGCACACGGUUCUGCGGUGGAGCUGUCUCAGCCCCCCAGGACUGCAACACAGCCCCCCAGGACUGCCACACAGCCCCCCAGGACUGCCACACAGCCCCUGGAGCUCCUCCAGAGCUGGGAGGAGGGAGUGAGGAAUGCAGCAGGAGGUGGUGGCACAGGCUGGGCAGUGCAGUGAGGGUCCCAGUGCUGCUGGGUGGGCAUGAAGUAGGGGGCAGCAAGGCUCCUGGCCAGGGCAGUUCCUUCCUAGUCUUGCCCCAGCAGCUGCCUGAGUGCCCCUGAGAUUCAGUCUCUCUGCUGCACUCAUACAAGUCCCAGUUGCUGCUGCUGAGCAGGGGCAGACCAGCCUUGAGAGCUUUAGAGAAUGGUUCUGGAACAUGAGAAAGAAAUGGGGGCUCUCUUGGGAGUGGGCUUAGGCUGCACACGCUGCCCUGCUCCUGUCUGUGUCCCUGUGACAGGGCAGGCUUUGUAGCAGGGACAGACAGUAGAGAAAACACGUGUGUGUUGCUUGUUUGAUCUCUUGUGCCUGCAGGAUGAGGAUUAGUAAGGAAAGAAAGUAAAUGCACUUGUUUUAGGCAGCUCGUGGCCUGUGUGUGCUGCUAGAUGAAGCCAAGCAGUAACUGGAAGGAUAGUAGAGCUCUGAUUCCAGAGACAUUCCUGAGGCCUGAGCUGAAGUCACCAGUGAGGUCAGAGGGUAUUCCAUGAACUGAGAACCUGAAUGUGGGCUUUUUCUUUUCUAAAAGAAGCUUCUUUUAUUCUUUAGCUAAGUAGAAUCAUGAAAACAUUCCCAGAAGGGAGUCACUCCUCCAUUAAGAGUUAGAUGUGGUUUUUGUAGACUUGAUUGAUUUGAGUCUGGAGAAUAUCCAGCCUGUUUAGAUGCCCUUCAAGGAAGCAGGUGGUUAGAUCUCCUACCAGAGAGACAAGCCUGAACUGAAUGCUGGGAUAUGAGCUCUAUCAAAUGGGAUUUGUCUGAAUUUCCCUGUGAGUUUGUAGCUUGCUAGGGUUUUGUCCAGCUUCCUUUUGAUGCUGGAAUGAACAUCCUCUGUCCUACAGCUGAUUGUAGAACAGUUGUCUUGAAGCUGGGAAAUGGAAGUAUCUUCUGCUUUGUUUAGUGAAACAGUGCUGGUGGAGGGAGUGGGGCCUGGGUGGGGAGGGGAGCUUUUUAUGUUGUAAGACAGCUACUGUAUAUCAGUGAUAAAUGUGUGUUUCUGCUUGCCAAAGUAAGUUAUCUUUUUACUCACCACGUGUAAGGUUGUGGUUUUUUAGCAGAGCUGGACAGUCUCUCUCUGUUGUAGAGGACACUAAUGAUCUCAUCUGCUGAAUGCUUGUGUUACACCAUGUUUCUGCUCUGUACUAGUGAAGAUGUGGCUUGCUUUCCUUUCCAUGAGAAGUCUGUGCCAUGGGCUGGAGCCGUGUCUUCCUAAGACUGAAGCAAAAGCUGACUAUAGACAACUACCUUGUCACUCCUGGGCAAGGGGUGUUACCUGCUGCAGGUCUCACAUGGCAGAAGAACCUGGAUGUUACUUUUGACACUCCCUCUAUUCCCCCCCAGGUGUGGGGGAACCACCUGUGCUGUGGCAAUACACAGUCUUUUAGGGACAAGUGACCUCCCAUUGGGAGCCCUGGGGAUAGCAGACUAUCUUUCCAUGGCUAAGCUGAGCACAGCAGCACCCUGACCACCCCUCAGCUUUCCCUCAACUCCCAUCCUGCCUAGAAUUUUUUUUUCCUUGCCUGUUCCUCUUGAGUGUAGGCCAUGUGGUAUUAAACCCUAUGGAUGUCUCUGCAUUCCAGGACUGUUUUACUGGCCAAACAGCAUCAGUACUGGAUCUAGGAUAGCUGUCUGACAUUGCAUGGUCAGGAGAGUUCCAUUAAACAUCUGUUCAUCACUUCUGGAGGGUUUCCUUGGAAAAGGUGCAUUAACCUAUAUGCUGGGUUGGGUUGUGGUGGGGUUUUUUUCCCCCCUACUUUGUGCCCCUCUCCCCCGUGUCCCCAUGGAAUCAGAAUUUAGAAAUGAUCCCCAUUUUACUUAAAUGGUCCAUUCAACCUGUCCCCCACUGGGCCCUCUGUUUGUCUGGGGUGGAGGAGAUGUGCUGAGGAUCUUUAGAGCAAAGCUGAAGCAUAAGGUCACUCCAGGACAAGGUACUAAAGACAAGUGUUUCAUGAGCAUGAUGAGGGGCAGACACUGCUGGAGCAGUCGUGUCCCCCUGAGCUGGGUGGUUCUGUUCAGUACUUGGCUCAUUCCCUCUCCCCCAGGCAGGGGGGAGUGUGCAAGUACUCACCCAAUCAGUGCAACCUGUAAUUAAGCCUCUGCUGUGUUUACAUGUUUCUUAAUUCGUCGUCUUUUCAAUGGCUGUAUUUUAAAACUUGGGUUUUUUGUCUCUCCAAUUAAAAAGAGCCAGCCCUGGCUGUCAAACGCUG